GGGUGAUUUAGCCGGGUGGUAAAUUUUAGUCUCCUCAAACUGUGGGUUUCAACUGUAAGCUUCAGACAAGGUUCGUCUGGCAUCUCGUCACAAGCCUACAGGCAUUUACACCAAACUUCAUGCAACGAAACAGCUGAGUCGCCUCCAAAGUUUGUACUUCCAGGCACCAAGGGUCUUACCUAUAAUCAGGAAAGCAGCACCAACGGACGAACCUGAUUAAGAUACCACACCUACAGUCCUUACAGACAAAUGUCAGAAAAAGAAGGCAAAGGGAAAGUUUCUCAAGGCAGAGUACCAAACAGAACACAAGUUGCCUGGCGUCCCUCAUCGGCUCAUCCUCAGCAGAGCAUCCCCCAAAGGGGGAAAAAAAAGACAUUGGCACCCACGAAUUACAAGCAGUUUUUUUCCUUCAAUCCAGCUCAAAUUGUCCAUGUAUUUACGUGUAGCACCAUUCCAUUAUCUUCCUGUGUUGCUUCUUGAGGCUGAAAGCAAAAAUGCAAGUAGUUGGCUAGAGAAAAAAAAAUAGAAUGUGGUACUUCCCUUUGGUGAUGACUUGAGCACACGAGCAAAAGAUACUUAGUCAUCCUUCUAAAAAACCUCUCUGCAGCUGCUUCGCAUGGUCGAACAAGUUAUCUCCCAACAGGUGUGCAGAGCUGCAAGCAUAAGGUACCCUUUAUUCUAGUGCAUUGCGCUACCUAAAUCAUGAUGUAAACAUCAUAACAGAUUAACAUGCAUAUUGGAGAAGCAUACCUGCAACAGCAGCUUCCUGGUAAAGCAAGGCUGCUCUUCCAAAGCUUCAGCGAGAAGAGCCAUAUCAGGUGUAGCGGGUUACUUGCAAGAAACAUAGAUGGCGAGUAUAAAUGCGUUCAUGGAUCCUAGACCUGCCAUGACAACAAAUAGGCAAAUAGCAGCAGCCAUUUGCCAUGGAAUCCAAGCUCCCAUUGCUCUUCCUGUACCUAGCAUUUGCAGCCUGUUCUGCCAACCAGCACCACGACCCCUCCGUUGUCGGAUACUCGCUGGAGGAUCUCGCAUUGCCGAGCAAACUUCUUGACCUCUUCACAUCCUGGUCGGUCAAGCACAGCAAGAUCUAUGCCAGCCCCAAGGAGAAGGUGAAGAGGUAUAGGGUAUUCAAGCAGAACCUGAUGCACAUUGCAGAAACGAACAAGAAGAAUGGGAGCUACUGGCUAGGCCUGAAUCAGUUUGCUGACAUCACUCACGAAGAGUUCAAGACCAAUUAUCUGGGAUUGAAGCCAGGAUUGCCAAAAAUGGGUGCACCACCACGUCCUGCAACAGCAUUCAGGUAUGCCAAUGCGGUUAACCUGCCCUGGGCAGUGGACUGGAGGUACAAGGGAGCUGUGACACCAGUCAAGAACCAAGGAAAAUGCGGGAGUUGCUGGGCCUUCUCGACGGUGGCAGCAGUUGAAGGGAUCAACCAGAUCGUGACGGGCAAGCUGGUGUCGCUCUCAGAGCAGGAGCUGAUGGACUGCGACACAACGUUUGAUCAUGGCUGCGGAGGGGGGAUCAUGGACUUCGCAUUCGCUUUCAUAAUGGGGAACCAGGGCAUCCACACUGAGGAGGACUACCCGUACCUCAUGGAGGAGGGCUACUGCAAAGAAAAACAGCCUGAUGCCAGAGUGGUCACGAUAACUGGAUUUGAGGAUGUCCCGGAGAACAGCGAGAUCAGCCUGCUGAAAGCGUUGGCUCAUCAGCCUGUCAGUGUUGGGAUAGCUGCUGGGAGCAAGGACUUCCAGUUCUACAAAGGGGGGGUGUUCGACGGGGCCUGCAGCGCCGAGCUUGACCACGCAUUGACGGCCGUCGGAUACGGCUCAUCCUACGGCCAGGACUACAUCGUCAUGAAGAACUCGUGGGGCAUGAACUGGGGAGAGCAAGGGUUCGUCAGGAUAAAGAAAGGCACAGGGAAACCCGAGGGCGUCUGUGGAAUCUACGCGAUGGCUUCCUACCCUGUCAAAAAUGCGACGCACUGGGGGGCGUAAUUUUGUAACCAAUCUUGUAAUCCGGACGAAAGCAUCGUUACUCAAUUCAACCACAUGUUAAUCAAUCGUUACUCCGUGGCGUGUCACGGGGUAGUGAAAAUCCUACACAUCUCUCGGAAGAUCUUAAUUUUAACAUCGCUGGAAUACUCAUUUGGAUCCAAAA